AUGACAUUAUAUCAACAAAUAUUUCUCCUAUGGUCCAGUUUAUUUGCCACAACAUUGGCUGGAACCGCUGAGGAAGUAGCGAAACACUUGGAACUAGGUAGUCAACAUCUCGCUAGGGCCCAAUUCGCUGAUGCCCUCACACAGUACCAUGCGGCGAUUGAACUUGAUCCAAAGAAUUAUCAAGCUGUGUAUCGUAGAGCAACAACAUAUUUGGCAAUGGGUCGGGGGAUGGCUGCAAUCGUGGAUUUAGAACGUGUAUUGGAGUUGAAACCUGAUUUUUAUGGGGCUCGUCUUCAAAGGGCAAACAUUCUUUUGAAGCAAGGAGAACUAGAGGCAGCUGAAAACGACUACAACAUCGUGCUCAAUCAUGACACCUCAAACACAGAAGUUCAAGAGAAAACAGCACUUAUUGAGCAGCACCGACAGCUUCGGCAUCAAAUAAAAUCUGCAUUCGCUGGUGGAGACUGCUCAACUGUCGAGGAGUACAUUAACCAUAUCAUCGAGGUCCAGGUCUGGGAUGCAUCGUUAUACAGAAUGCGUGCCAAGUGUUUGGAGGAGAGAGGAGAGCUGAAAAAAGCCAUUCAUGACAUGAGAAUUGUUUCCAAGCUGAGCACGGAUAGUACGGAUACGAUGUUCGACACAUCGAAGUUGCUCUACACCGUUGGAGAUUUGGAGGAAUCUUUGAACGUCAUCCGCGAGUGCCUAAAGCUCAAUCCAGAUCACAAAAACUGCUAUCCAUUCUACAAGAAGCUCAGGAAGGUUGUCAAAUCUCUCGAGUCCAUGAAAAAGAAAGUAGAGAAAAGCGAUUGGAUGGCGUGUCUCGAGGAAGGACAGAAAACACUGAAAUUCGACCCAACGCCUUCAGUCCAGCUGAACGUCUUCAGAAUCACAAAUAGGUGUCAACGAGAAGCCGGACAUGUCAGUGAAGCUAUUGCCGAAUGUAGUCAGAUUCUUCAAGACGAUCCUUCUGAUGCGGAUAUUUUGUGCGAAAGAGCCGAAGCUUAUAUUCUCGAAGAGGAUUAUGACUCUGCUAUCGAAGACUACCAGAAAGCUACAGAGGUGAAUCCGGAGCACAGCGAAGCUAAACAAGGACUUGAACAUGCUAAGCGACUAAAGACCCAAGCUGGAAAACGCGACUAUUACAAAAUUCUUGGAGUGAAACGAAACGCUAACAAGAGAGAAAUCACAAAGGCUUACCGGAAGCUCGCUCAGAAGUGGCAUCCUGAUAACUUCUCAGACGAGGAGGAGAAGAAGAAGGCCGAGAAGAAGUUCAUUGAUAUUGCUGCCGCCAAGGAGGUACUACAAGAUGAAGAAAAACGACGUCAAUUCGACCAAGGAAUUGAUCCACUGGACCCCGAAGCACAAAGACAACAAGGUGGACAUCAUGGAGGAUGGGGCGGCGGCUUCCCACACGGAUUCCAUCAUUUUGGCGGUGGUCAUGGCGGCGGAGGCGGUGACUACUCAUUCAAAUUCAACUGGGGAUAA